AUGGCCGUCUCACCUACCCGCGAAAAGAAGCCCUACUUCGGGCUAACAGGAGGAUGGCUUACCUUCUGGUUAACGAUUGCUUGUGCAACAGACAUGACGCUCUUUGGUUAUGAUCAGGGUCUCUUCAGCGGUGUUGUCAUUACCCAGGAUUUCUUGGAGAUUCAUGACCUUGUUGGGCCCACUAAAACCAAAACGCUCUCAACGGUCACAGCUAUUUAUGAUGUUGGGUGCUUUCUCGGCGCCAUUGCCGCCUUCACUAUCGGUGAGCGUUUAGGGCGGAAGACAGUUAUCUUAGUGGGGACCACGAUCAUGGUCGUUGGGACUGUUCUUCAAGCCAGCUCGUAUAGUCUCGCACAGAUGUUUGUAGGCCGAGUAAUCCUCGGUGUCGGAAAUGGGAUCAACACCGCGACGGCACCUAUUUGGCAGACUGAGACUGCUCAGGUGAAAUGGAGAGGUAAACUUGUGAUUCUUGAAAUGGCACUCAAUAUUUUGGGAUUUUGCCUAGUCAAUUGGAUCAAUUAUGGACUAUCCUUCCACGAGGGUGCUGUUGCAUGGCGUCUUCCCAUUGCGCUUCAAUUUUUCUUCAUGUUCAUCCUGUAUGCGACGGUUCCCUGGCUCCCUGAGUCUCCAAGAUGGCUUUUAUCGCAUGGCCGCGAGACCGAAGCCCUCGAAGUUCUUGCCGCGAUUGAAGCAAAGCUUGUGGACGACCCUUACGUUUCCACCCAGCAUGAUGAAAUCGUCUACAGUAUUCAAUACGAGCGCGAGAAUGCGGUGGGGUGGAGGGAUCUCUUUUGUCGGGAUAAAACCAACGAUACAAAAACACUCCGCCGACUGCUUUUGGGUGCCGGAACGCAAGCUAUGCAGCAAUUUCAAGGGAUCAACGGUAUUAGCUAUUACCUACCACUGAUCCUCAUGAAUUCGGUCGGCCUAUCAAACAGCAUGUCCCGCCUCCUCAGCGCCUGCAACGCCACAUCUUACUUCUUCUUCUCGUGUCUUGCAGUCACCCUGGUCGAGCGAUGUGGUCGUCGAGGUCUCAUGUUGCUUUCCACGAUAGGACAGGGCAUUGUCUUCUUGGUCAUCACUGUCUUGCUUCGAUACGCGGAGUUCAAUCAAAAGUGCGCCACCGCUUCUGUGGCUUUCUUCUUCCUGUAUUACAUCACUUUCGGUAUCGGCAUGCUAGGCGUUCCUUGGUUAUACCCGACGGAGAUUAAUUCGCUUCCCAUGCGGACGAAGGGAGCCGCCGUCUCGACCGCGACUAAUGGGAUCACGAACUUCAUUAUAGUCGAAAUUACACCGAUUGGAAUCCAAAAUAUCGGCUGGCGAUUCUGGAUCGUGUGGACCGUGAUAAACGCCGUGUUUGUCCCCGUCAUAUACUAUCUAUACCCGGAAACAGCAAACCGUACCUUAGAAGACCUGGAUGCAUAUUAUCGUUCAAACCCACCGCUGAUUGUCAUUAAUGAUCCAGAUGCGAUUUCGGCGACGCGUCCUUUGAAAUACAUUGAGCAUGAAGAUGAGGAACUGCAGAAGAACGCGAGGAGGCUUCUUCUACAAGGCUUUCCACUUUAG